GACGAUACGUCUACAAUUGAAGUUGAUCAUACCGAUUAUUUUACCACUACUCAGUUGUUUGACUCGAAGGAUGAGGUAGUGGUUUGGGCGAGAUGGGAGGUCAGAGUAGUAUACGGGAAGCAUAAUCAUUUUCCGAUAUACAUGUCCGGGCAUGGGAUGAGUGCAUUGUCUCAAGAGGAGGCGAAGAUUAUUAGUGAUCUGUCACAAAGUCAUGUGCUGCCCAAGAAGAUUUUGGCUAACUUGAGACAAAAUGGUUUGGGUCUCGAUGCUUAUUCGAAACAAGUAUACAAUGAGAAGGCAAAAUUGAAAAGACUGUCUAGGGGUGACCGUACAGUGAUGCAACAUUUGAUUGGGUUGCUUGAGGAGCAUAACUAUUACAAGUGGUUCCGUACUGAUGAAACAACACAUGCAGUUAUUGAUUUGAUGUGGGCUCACCCUCAAUCUGUCGAAUUGUUAAGUAAGUUUCCGUACGUAAUACUACUUGACAGUACUUACAAAACCAAUCAGUACAAAUUGCCUUUGUUGGAGAUUGUUGGUGUUACUCCUGUCGGGAAAUUUUUUACUGUUGCAGUCGCAUUUUUGCGCCAUGAAAAUAAAGACCGUUACACAUGGGUGUUGCAAAAGCUGAAGAGACUUUUCCCCCCUCCGACUCUACCUAGUCCCAUCGUGACUGAUCGAGAGUUAGGGCUUAUAAAGGCGCUAUAG